GUCACAAAUUUCUUUAUUUCAAUCCGCAAACAUUUCUUUUUGUUUGAUCCUAAUUGUGUUCUUUUUCCUUGAACGUAUUGUUCAAAAUGGCCGCUGAAUCGAACAGUGCGCCUGCACAACCCCAGAGACUCGACUCUCAACCUGAGAACCCUUUUUCAAACCUCAUCACGGAUCAGUUGUUUGUUUCGAUCCCCUCGUUCACCUUAGAAUCGGGCGUGACGUUGUACAAUGUCCCAGUGGCCUACACUACGCGGGGUCAACUGUCCGAGACCGGAGACAACGCCUUGGUGAUCUGCCACGCUCUGAGCGGUAGUGCGGAUGUCGCAGAUUGGUGGGGUCCACUUCUGGGUGGUCCCGGACAGGCCUUCGACACAUCUAGAUUUUUCGUGAUCUGCUUGAAUAGCUUGGGUAGCCCGUACGGAAGCGCCAGUGCCGUGACCUACAAGGAUGGAAAUCCCGAAAAGGGAUUGUAUGGGCCGGAGUUUCCACUUACUACAGUCCGUGAUGACGUGAGGCUCCACAAGGUCGUUCUGGAUUAUCUGGGUAUCCGACAGAUUGCUGCAGUUGUGGGCGGCUCCAUGGGCGGUAUGCUCACUUUGGAGUAUGCCUAUUUCGGUAAAGAUUAUGUACGAGCGAUUGUGCCGAUUGCCACCUCUCCGCGGCAUUCCGCAUGGUGCAUAAGUUGGGGAGAGGCCCAGCGCCAAAGCAUCUAUAGCGAUCCUAAGUACGAGGACGGCUAUUACUCUUUUGACGAUCCUCCUGCUACUGGUCUUGGUGCAGCUCGCAUGUCCGCUCUUCUCACUUACCGGAGCCGCAACUCGUUUGAAUCUCGAUUUGGGCGAAAUGUCCCGGACCCUACCAAGCAACAAAACAUCAAGGGCACUGAAAAGCUGCCUACACCCCCGAAUGAGCACUGGGCUAUUCAUAAUGAUGGGCACAAAGGCGGUCGUUCGACACCUAGUGGACGCAGCUCUCCUACCGCUCCCACACCGCAACAGACUGAAGUUCAGUACAUGGACCCCCAGUUCUCCGGAACCAAAACCUUCAGCAAAACCAUUGAUACCGAACUAAAGAGCGGUCAGAAGCGUCCGCCAACCUAUUUCUCCGCCCAGUCGUAUCUUCGUUACCAGGGAGAGAAAUUUGUGAAACGGUUCGAUGCUAACUGUUACAUUGCCAUCACACGCAAGCUGGACACUCAUGACGUGUCAAGGCAACGGGCUAGCCCAACAUCGAGUGAUCCAGUCCGUGAGGCCCUGUCGCAAAUCCAACAGCCAGCAUUGGUUUUGGGAAUUGAGAGUGACGGUCUAUUCACUUUUGAGGAGCAGAAAGAGAUUGCAGCCGGCAUUCCGGACUCACGUCUCAAACGAAUCGAAAGUCCUGAGGGCCACGAUGCCUUCCUCCUCCAGUUUGAGCAAGUCAACCGCUACAUUCUCGAGUUCUUCCGCGAAGUCUUGCCGGACAUCAUGUCCAAAGCUCCAGCUGACGGGGCUGUGGCAGUGGACGGGGUGAAUAAGCUAACCAAGAGCAGCACAUUCGGAGAGGCAGAGGUGGAAGAUAUCACCGCCUGGUAAAGCGAUAAGAAUGGUUUCCAAACUUGUUUGGCGCAUACGUUGCAGCCUUAUUUUUAUCGAUCGAUGCUCUCUGGGUUACUAGGGGUCACCGUACCUUCUCUCGUUUUAACAACCGAGAGAGAGGGUACGCCGCGGGCCCUCAUCCCGCUCGCAUCUAGUUUCCGGGGAAGUAGCGGUGCAGUCUUUGUUAUUAUCUUUCCUAGCCAGUCAGAGAGUUGAGCAUCCAACUGCCUCUCUCGUACCUCGAUAACAGGUAAGGCUGUAAAAGAAGCAUCCAACUGCUCUCCAUCAAUAGCCCUUUCCAAAGUGUUCCCCCUCAAUUAGGGGGUCCUUAGUAGGGUGGUGGGCGAUCUUUCAACAUAAUCAAUAGAUUUUCCAAUAGCAUAGUAGAUAGAUGUCAACCAUCAGUGCUAGAAAACAUGCGAAUUGAAUUAUUUGAUUUGGG